AUGCCAGAGGAUGAUGUGUUGUAUUCAGAGGUUGAUGGGAUGGUACACCAAGUGACCUACUUGAGGUACACUGUUGACAAGACUGAGUUAUACCCAUUGGAAGAUGAAAUGAGUGCAAUCAAAGCUGAUCAUCUGAGUGUGGAGAAUUCAACAGGGACGGAUCAGGACCUUGAGACACAAAGUAGCCUGGACAAAGCGGAUUAUCCUGGUGGCCUCGUUUAUUUUGGUUAUUGCUACAAGUUUGUUCCUGUUGAAAAGACUUGGAUCGAGGCUGAAUUGCAUUGCCGAACACUGGCUCCUAAUGGCCAUCUUGCUUCCAUUCACUGGGAGGAGCAGAAUCAAAUUAUUCGAGAGAAUUCAUCUCCAACUGAAGCUUUUUGGAUUGGCUUAAAUCUUAUCUGCAAGGAGGGAACUUACCUCUGGACAGGUGGAUCUUCGUCAGAUUUUGUGAACUGGGCCAUGAGCCAACCUGAUAACUCUCGUGGUGUAGAAGACUGUGUGCAUUUCGUUGUGAUUGAUCAUUGGCAAACAUCGCAACUGUGUCAUUUAACACAGCAAUUCAUCUUUCAUUCAUUAAGAAGUCAUUUAAUUGGAAUGAUGCACUUUGCGAUUCGAAAUUGUGUUCUGCUUGCUCCACCAAACUGCUGUGUCCUGACUGUUACUGAAAGAAUCUAUCGCUGCUCCAUGGAUCUAGAAUUCACAGCCUCUGACCUGCAUUUUAUACAGCUGGUCCUGUAAAUAUUCUGGUCAAUAAUAGUCACCUAUUGUUUAUGGUCAUUUGAAAAGUAAAGGCAUUUGGUUGGAUUAUUUCUUGCUGACAAUAAUAUUUGUGCAUUACAAUUGUUAAGUAACAGGGUCAAAGAUAGAGCGGCUGAAGAUACUUGGGCCAAGGGAAUUAUCCUGAGGAAUUGGUGGCACUAUGUCCUAGUUAGUUACAGCACUUGCCUCGUAAAAGACAUUUGGACAGGUACAUGACUAGGAAAGGUUUAAAUGGACAAGGGCCAUAUACAGGCAAGUGGGACUAGUUUAGUUUGGGAAACUUGGUUGACAUGGACAAAUUGGACCGCAGCUUCUGUUUCCAUGCUUUAUGAUUCAAUAACUCCAUGACCCAGUGAUUGCUAAUACCAGCACUGUCUUCCUGUGCACCACCUCACAUCACAUUAUGCAUUUCGCCAGUUUCAGGGAUCACCAAAAAUGGCUGGGAGAUAGUUCUGGGGGAGGCAUCAAGGUGGGAGAGAUGGAGAUGAUUGUGGGGGAGACAGAGAUGUUGGGGAGGUGGAGAUUAGAGUGGGGAACGGAGAUGGGAUGAGGAGAGUGAGUUGUGGCUAAACAGAGUUGGGGAGCACACGAGGAGGGGGAGAGAGAGAGAGAGAAGACCCACCAACUCCUGGGCCAUCCUUGUCCAGGUACAUUUAAUCUGCAAUAAUUUAUCGUCCAUUUGCCCUGCAGUGAAGGUGUUCAGUGGUUAGGUGCUGUUCAAAGCCGACUUGCAAAAUGCCACUGGUCAUUGCAAAUUGAACUUGAACAUCUCAAUGAUGUUGAAGUCAAUAGCAAUAAUGUUACAAAAGGCCAGCGCUGGCCAAUGGUGAAACAUUAUUUGUUCAACUUCUGAGGAUGAUGUCAUCUGUCAUGGAGGUUUGAUGAUAGUGUGUAUUGAAUGCAGUGGGAAGUUGAAAGCUCGGUGUGAAUCUGGGAUGGGAAAGGGCUCAGAGUGCAGCAAGCAGUCCAUUAUGAUACAACGUAUCCCGGUCACUGAUCUGAUGUGGUAUAUUGACCAAGUUGCUGAGGCUGAAGCUGAAUGUAUGAUGGAGACAAGGCUCCCAUUAUUGGGGUGCGUGCAGCAUGUCUCGCUUUUGGGAGGAGUGUGUUGAGUCCUCACCUGCAGGGUAUGACUCUUCUCAUACUGAAGAACCUCUUUCACUUCUGGUUAUGCCAAUGAAGGUUUUUCUACUCAGAUUCCUGCAUUCCUGCCUCUUGUGGGAUAUUGGUCACUGGGACCAGCUUCUUAAGAAGGUGAAUGAUGGUAUAGGAGGACCAGAGCUGACAGCAAGUCCAGGAGCAGCAGUGGCCUGGCGUGGCGGACGGGGAACAUCUAGCUCAGAGAAAGCGCAGGAUCCCUUAUAAUGUGUGGGGUGUACAGUAGAAGGCCCAGAGUUUUCCGGCUGUCAGUCCGAUUCCUGGGAACUAGCAAGGUGC